UGAGUGUGUGCGCGACGCCUGUAUUUUGCUUCCUGCUCCCAGGACUCGAUCUUCACUCCUCUUUUUAACGCAGAACUUUUCACCAUACGGACUGCAGCAGCUCAGAAACAAAGUCACCGGAUUAUUUAUCUUUAUCAUAUAAAAAAGGACACAUUGUUGCUUCAUUUUACUACAGAAAUCAGGAAUUUAAAUACCUGUAAGGAGUCACAUCUCACCUGAGCAGCGUUUCAGUGAGCCGGGAGCUGGGAUGGCUUUACUGACCCUGCGCAGAACACCGUCUGUCUCCACCUCACCUGAUGAACCCAUUGCAAGAAGAGGGAGACUUCAGAAGAGGGAGAGUUUCGCCUUCGUCAGAGGUGCGGUGCUUUUACUAGAGGACGGAGAGAGGGAGGGGCCACACGAUGAAGCCACGCCCUCCCAGUUUCCAAACGCUCAGGUUGUGGGCGGAGCUUCGUAUACAAAGCACAGUCAUUUACAUGCUAUGAUUUCACUACUGAGACCUGAAGAUACCGUUAAACUGGCUGUUCGUUUGGAGUCCGUGAGUCCCAUCAGAGUGAGAUAUUUGCUCAUCGUUUCAACUGUCAGCCACAAACAGGAGAGUCUUCUUCUCGGUAUGGACUUCCCAAGUAUCAACAGUGAUUACUGCACUAUUGGCCUGGUUUUGCCCAUAUGGAGUGAUACUCAGGUGUAUCUGGAUGGAGACGGAGGCUUCAGCGUGACGUCUGCAGAAUGCACCAGGAUAUUUAAGCCUGUGUCUAUUCCAACAAUGUGGUCUGUGCUCCAGGCUCUACACGGCUGUUGUGAGCGGGCGGUGCAGGGUGCCGUGAUCCCGGGCUGUGGGUUGGACUGGGCUCAGCACUACAAACAGCACGUGGAGUCGGACCAUCAGUGUGUGAACGAGUGGAAGGCCAUGAUGGGGCUGGAGUCUGUGCGUAAGAACAAUAAAGGCCACAGCACAGAGAGAGAGGGAGUGGAGAGAGAGAUUAAAGUCCAGCUCAGAGACAUCAUGAGGACCGUGGACCUGGAGAACAUCACCUCCAAACAGGUCCGAUCUGCUCUGGAGGCCAGGAUCGGUUUGGACAUGAAGAACUAUAAAGAGUACAUUGACAAUGAGAUGAUGGUCACUAUGGCUCAGAUGGACAAACCUUCUAAAAUCUUAGACUAUCUUUACCUGGGCUCUGAAUGGAACGCAGCCAACUUUGAAGAACUUCAGAAAAACAAUGUGGGUUACAUCCUAAACGUCACCAUGGAGAUCGAUAACUUUUUCCCUGAAGCUUUCACCUACAUGAAUAUCCGAGUGUACGACGUGGAGUCCACGGAUCUUCUCUCGUACUGGAACAACACCUACAGGUUUAUCAACGAAGCCAGGAAAUGUGGGCAGUCGGUAUUGGUUCACUGUAAGAUGGGCGUGUCUCGCUCCGCCUCCACAGUCAUUGCGUUUCUGAUGAAGCAGCAGGGUUGGACGUUAGAGGAGGCACUUAACCACGUGAGAGAGCGCAGACCCAUCGUUCACCCCAACGACGGCUUCUUCAGACAGCUGCACACCUACAGCGGCAUCCUCAGUGCCAGUAAACAGAGGCACAGCGCCCUCUGGAAGCGCAAGUCUAGAUCGGACACGCUGAAUAAUCCGCCUCAGGAGCAAGAACAGAAGGUGGAGACGGAGCGACAGCAGGGUGAGGAUGAGCAGGAAGAAGAGGAGGAGGAGGAGGAGGAAGAACAGAGUCCAGAGGAGGACGAGAGCUCGGAGACGGACGAGGACGAGGAGAGAGAUGUGUUUGUUGAUUCAGCGUCAAUGUAUGAAGCAGCAGCAGCAACAACUCCGACGACGACAACAACCACAACAACAACAAACCCUGUUAUUACUGUCCAGGACAGUGACAAGGUGACCCCGAGUCCGAGCAGAAGUGGAAGAAUGGAUCUGUUUUCUCUCAUGCAGUCCAUCCAGCUGGACGAUGAGGAGCGACUGAGCGAUCUAGAAAACGCAGCGGCUCAGAGGAAAUCUCCGGCUCAGAGGAGACGCAGCAGUCACAAACGACGAGCUCUGACUCACCAGAGAGCUCACGUGGACGUUUCUCCUGAGCCAAGCAGCCAAUCACAGAGCAGGAAACAGGAAAAUCCGAGGCUCGGCGCCGGCGAGGAACAAUGAGGAGCAAAGAUAAGACUAAAAUAGAGAAGAGGAAGAACACGACAUGGGAGAAAGUUGAUCUUCAUUUUAAUGACUCGGUUGAGAAAAAUGGUGAGGGAUUUGUUUGUUUGUUUGUUUCAGAGUUGAUUCAAAAGAAAACUCACACACACACAUACACACACACACACACACACACGUGCUCCACAUUCACACAAACACACACACACUGCAAUACAUUAGGUGUUUCUUAUUUUUAUUAUUAUGAAAACUUUCCAGACGUCACUCUGUGCCUUUCUUUUUUCUUUCACACACUCACCUGAGCCUGAGCCGAAUGUUCACACACACACACACACACACACCUCACUGAUUUAACGCAGUAUUAAAGAACAGCGAAAAGGCAUAAAUGUAUAUAAAAGCAUUUCCCAGAGAUAAAAAAAACCCUGUAUUAUUAUUAUUAUUAUUAUUAUUAUUAUUAUUAUUAUUAUUGUGUUGCACCAGGUGAAAAUAGCAUAUAGUAGCUAAGCUAGCCAACAAUCUAAACUGUGCUAAUGUUGCCUUUUCUAAACAUUCAAACUAGCUAACAAACUAGCCAAUGCCAGUCUUGGAGUUAUAGCAUUUAAAUAAGUAUAUAGGACUAAACUCUGUAAAAUAAGGCGAUGUAUUAAAUUAUAUAAAAUAAAAGUAGCAAUGGUCGAUAGAAAGCCAGUUAAUAUAAGCCUUACCGGUUCUGCUAAUGAAGCAAUUAGCCGAACUUGCUAACGAGCGAGUUAAUGUUAGAUUAGUGUAUUGGGAAAACAAGAAAACAAGUUAGCUAUCUUUCUUAGCAUAGACUACAGUAUAACUUUUCUAAAUUUGAUCCAAAUGCCAGUAAAUACUGUUAAGAACAGUAGCCAUUAGGCUAACAAAUUGUACUGUGUACAACACUAACCACAUUUACUAGCAAGUUAGCUAACGUAAGGCUAGCAGCAAAUUGCUAAUAGCCAAGAUCUCUAGCAAGCUACAAUGCAUUAAGCUAAGAUUAAGAUCGAUGUUAGCUAGCAUGCUAGGUAAUUUGGCUAACCAUGUAUACCGAUAGCCAAGACUGCUAACAAGCCAGCUAGCUUAAGGAUAACGAUUAUAUUAGCCAAAUUCGCUAACAAGCUAGGUAUAAUAUCUAAGGUUGCGUGUGUGCUAUUGUGUGAUGGAGGGAAAAUGAGGAAAAUAUUUAUUUCUAGUUUAACCUGGACACAAAGUCUUAUUAUUAUUAUUAUUAUUAUUAUUAUUAUUCUAUAGAGUUUUAAAAAGACCCAAGUUCCUUUAGAGAUGUUUUAUUGCCUCAAUUCUAUGCAAUAAGUGUAAUUCAUUUUUAACUAAAUAGAUGUUUUUUUUUCUCUUAGCACGAAGCUUAAAACUACCAUUUUUUGGAUUCUUUGAUUUCAGACAAGCAGGGAUUCAUUUUCAGCUCCUUCUGUUUAAACCUCCACGCUUGUGUUUAAACACUCAUUAAUUUCAUAUCUGCAGUGUUUAAUGUACACGAGCAGAACCUUGAUACGUCCUGCUCAGUGUCUGUGGGGCUCCUUUUAGUCAGAAGGAUCCGCUGGGAUCCGAGCGAGAAAGCGAUUCGACUCCGAGUCGACUCCGAGUCGACUCCGAGUCGACUCCGAGUCGACUCCGAGUCGACUCCGAGUCGACUCCGAGUCGACUCCGAGUCGACUCUGAGUGAUGCGUGAAAUGUUUUAAACUAGUAAUUUAUUUAUUUAAGAUUCGAGUCACGUCUCCGCGCUCGGCUGAUUUUCGUUAUUUCUGCGCGCUUGGUAAAGUUUUGCUUUACUUUCUCACUCGCUGUAUUUCUGAUCAGUGAAUCAAAUAAUUGAUCUGGACCUUAUCAGCAUUACACACCCAAACACCCCCCACCCCCACUAAAGACAUUAUGAUCUGAGACUUUAGUCAACACUAGUUUUAUAUUUAGUUCUUGUUGUGGCACUUUAUAGCAAUCGGGACCAACAAGGUGUUAAAAAGCUCCUGACUGGCAGUGUCAGGGUUCUAAAUUAUAAACAUAAGAAUAUAUUCUCUCAGAGUAAAGGAAAUAAUUUAUUUAGGAAUUAAUAAAUUAUUAUUAAUAAUUACUAUUAAAGAGUAAAGGAAGGACAUUAAGCGGUUGACAGGAGCAUCACAAGAACUUGGUGUGGAGUUCGAAACAUCCGUAUUAUUUAUUGCGGUUACGCAACAGUUUAACGAGCUCACGUUUUCCAGUUUAUAUCACUGACUCGACCAAAACAAAUCCAGAAAAAGACUAAAGUAAUGGCACCCCAAUGCAACACAGAGUUUAAGAGGCGCUCGUUCACAGAUUGGUCGGUUUUGGCAAAACGUUUCAAAUCUGAAGCUAAUUUCUAAAAUAAUUUAAGUGAGUUAUGUAUAUUUGAGUUAUAUAAAUUGUACGUUAAAACUUGUUGGUCCAUCAGUGAGGUGUCUGUGUUCAUGUCUGUGUUCCACUACUGCUGCACAGAACCGGAGUAUUCAUGUUACGGUUCUGUACCUGUAACGUUACAGAGGUGUCGUUUUGUCAGGAUGUGGGAUUUUUACCUGCGGAAUAAAUUCACACGUGCCAUAACUGAAAUGUGACGUCUCUGCUGUAGCAGGUCGACUCUCUGUCCUCGUGUCCCAGUGCCUUCGGUUUGGACCAAAAUUGAACACGUGUCUGACGGUUUGUGCGUUCAGUUCGAAUCGUGUUCCAGUUUUCUGAUGAAUUCUAUCAGCUGUAUUUAUUGUGUGAUUGUGUUUUUAAUUUCCAUGCAGUAUUUUUACUGUGCUGUGUGUUAAACAUACAGACGGUUGCCAGAUUGAAGCCAAAGUCACCAUAAUGAGGAAAAGAAACAGCUGGAUAAAAUCCCUACAGUGUGCUGGAGAGAUGAUAAAGAAAAUAACAAGCAUAAAAGUGCCAUCUUACUUUCAGUUAAUCCCGAUGCUGUUUUUAUCGAAAUGGGAGCAUAAAUCAGGUCAUUAAUGCUGUUUGUUGUUUAUGAUCAGGAAAUAAAACGUCUUUUACACACGUUUCAAACAGGGUUGCCAGAUAAUCCACGUAUUUAUAGUUUCACUGUUGCUGGAUAAAAUGUCAUUAAUUUAGAAGGUUCUGAAUCUGUAAAUCUGGCAACGCUGAUCCAUAUUGUUAUGUAUUUUUAUUUUCACUUUUAUUCCUGAUGUAUCUACAGCAUGUAACUGUCUUUGCUGUACUUUACAAAUAAAUGAGUUUAAUAAA